GUGAGAUCCACCCGAAUUCCAGGAUGCCUCGAUCACGAGUUCCACAAUCCCCGGCGUUCAUCCACCUGGCCAGCAGGCUGAGUGGACUGGCGUUCAGCAUAGCAUGUUUCUAUUACCUGCUAUAUCUGGCAACUCACUGGGGCGAUCGACACACCUAUUUUGCCAUCUUCGCAGUAUCCACUGCGAUAGUCGUCGAUCUGAUCGAGGUCUGCGGUCUCCUCGACGUCUCAUUCACUCUCAAGCGGCUGGACGUGGGCUGGCUGAUUUCCGGUAACGUCGUCUCGAUGGUUCUGGGAGUUAUAGGAUGUCUCCAGCUGGCGUUCAGCGACUGGGGUCUGAGCAAUGCUCCGUCUGAUUAUCCUCGUCCGUGGAUGGACACGUUGGACCUGGCGUUCAUUUUGAUGAUUCCUUUUUCCCAUCGCGCGUUUGAUUUUUUCGAUACUCGAGUGUGUGAUCUGUUGCAGGAUGCGUCGGAGGUUGAGGGAGAAGCGUGGAAAAGAGGGAAGAGGGACUGCAUUGGCGUCGAUGUCUCCUGUUGCUGUGGGUGCUAA